GAAAAAUAGUAUAUAUAAGUUUGGUUAUGUGAUAUGUGAAUUUUGAACUGAUUGAGAAAAACGGAAAUGUCAAUAUCUGCAGCAAAUGGUUUGUUCUCAACUUAUUCAAUUUGCAGUAAUGCAGCUGGGAUUGCAGGGAACCUUUUUGCAUUUGUUUUAUUUGUGUCACCAAUACCAACAUUCAGAAGGAUCAUCGGAAGCAAGUCAACAGAACAGUUUUCUGGGCUGCCUUAUAUUUAUGCGCUCUUGAAUUGCUUAAGCUUAAUAUGUCUCUGGUAUGGAACGCCAAUAGUAUCUCCUGGUAUUAUACUGGUUUUCACUGUCAAUUCAGUUGGAGCAGUAUUCCAGUUGGUUUAUAUAACCAUCUUCUUCAUAUUUGCAGAGCGGGAAAAAAAGGUCCCAAAUGGAAUAGGAGGAGUUCUUGGGGUCAUACAACUGGUCUUGUACUGGAGAUAUAGCAUAUCCAAUGAGGAGCCAACAAGACCUCUCCUGGAGUCCUAUGCAUGAUAAAAUACACCGGAAAGUGGUAAGUACUUACUCGCAUUCGGUGUUUAUGCCAAACUUAUACAGAAGACACACGUCUUACAUUCAUAGGUUUGGUAUAAACACCACGCUUGGCUAUUUUUUUCCCGUCGAGAAGCCAUCCAAAAAUUGCUUCUUUUCUAUUCUCAUUCUUUUGUGUAACAAUCAGAUAUAAGUUGAUGUCCCAUUUGCGAUUUGUAUACCAAAGUCGUGUGAUUUGUUAUG